UCCGUCCCUUCUCUCUCGUCUCUGAGCUUUCAAGCACCUCUCGUCCAUUUCAAGAACCAACCGACGAAGAUUAGAGUACUCAACCUGACGCCACCUCCACUCAGAUUUAUUCAGAGGCAAUAGUGUCGUGAGGAAGAGACUCAAUGGGGAAGGAGGUAUAUAGAAACCUUGUGAAAGCAGUGAAGAAACACAUAGGAAAAGAAGAGCACAAAGCCCAUUUCACCAACUUUAUAAAGGAGGAGUUUCGGAAGAGCAUUAGCAAUGAAUCUGCUGCUAAGAAGGAUCUUUCCUCCACACUUCUUCAGGAUAGAUUAAAGCUUGCCAAGGAUUACACCUUGCUGCUCAAUAGUGUUCACCAUCAAAAGGAGUUGCUAUAUUCUUAUAAUAUAGCCGUUGAUAGGUCGGAUGAGAUGAAAAAAGUAUUGGGUAAAUCUGCUGCCAGUGUUGGCCUCCAACUCCCUGAAGUUUAUCAACCAUGACAGCCACGCCAAACCAUUCAACACCCGAAACUCGGAACUGCCUCCCGAAUCAGAUGCAUUCAUAAAUUUGCAACUUGUGUAUGCACUCAAACCUUGAUUUGGAGAGACCACCUCCUCUUCUUCUUACUGUAUUUCUCUCAAGAAGUCAACUUUCCUUUGGGAAAAAGAAAGAAAGAAGAAACUCAAAUUCUGAUACUGUGAGGUUGUGAAGAUCCCAUUUGAAGUCAUAUUUUUGAUGUAGAUUUGGUAGAAACUGGUAAGGCACUUUUCUUCAUUACAAAAGGCAUUAAUAAAUGGCAUAUGUUAUGUGUCCAAGGGGAAGAAAAUGAUGUAUUACUUCCUCCCUCAUACAUCUUCCCAUUUUUUUUGUAUCUCCCCAUGGGAAAAUUUUUCACACUAAUUUUAUGGAGAGAGAGUGUGUGGGAUAAGAGGGAUUGAGA